GCCAUCUCGGCGGAGCAGCUGCGCAAGGAGGGCAACGAGCUGUUCAAAUGCGGAGACUACGAGGGCGCCCUGACCGCCUACACCCAGGCCCUGGAUCUGGGUGCCACGCCCCAGGACCAGGCCGUCCUGCACCGGAACCGGGCCGCCUGCUACCUCAAGCUGGAAGAGUAUGAGAAAGCAGAAACGGAAGCAUCUAAAGCUAUUCUCACCUUUUGAGGCUGGAGUACAGAGCCCCACUUUCGUCUCCCCACUUUCCUCGGGCCCUCGAGAUCUUUCCCUACUGCUCUUGCCUGGAUACGGUGGCUUCUUGGGUGUUGACAGAGCUCCUGUUUGUGCUCAGCCAUUGACAAGGACGGUGGCGAUGUUAAAGCCCUUUACCGGCGAAGUCAAGCCUUAGAGAAGCUGGGCCGCCUGGACCAGGCUGUCCUUGACCUACAGCGAUGUGUAAGCCUCGAGCCCAAGAACAAAGUUUUCCAGGAGGCGCUGCGCAGCAUUGGGGGGCAGAUUCAGGAGAAGGUACGAUACAUGUCCUCAACAGAUGCCAAGGUAGAGCAGAUGUUCCAGAUCCUGCUGGACCCAGAAGAGAAAGGCACUGAGAAGAAGCAGAAGGCUUCUCAGAAUCUGGUGGUGCUGGCGCGGGAGGAUGCUGGAGCUGAGAAGAUCUUCCGGAACAAUGGGGUUCAGCUCCUGCAGCGCCUGCUGGACACAAGAGAGACAGACCUCAUGCUGGCAGCCUUGCGCACACUGGUCGGCAUUUGCUCUGAUCACCAGUCCCGGACAGUGGCAACCCUGAGUGUGCUGGGAACUCGGCGUGUGGUGUCCAUCCUGGGUGUGGAAGACCACACUGUGUCCCUGGCUGCCUGCCACCUGCUACAGGUGAUGUUUGAUGCCCUGAAGGAAGGUGUCAAGAAGGGCUUCCGAGGCAAGGAGGGCGCCAUCAUCGUGGAGCCCGGCCGGGAGCUGAAGGUCCUCAUCAGUAAUCUCCUGGAGCUGCUGACUGAGGUGGGCAUCUCUGGCCAGGGCCGAGACAAUGCCCUGACCCUCCUGAUCAAAAUGGUGCCCCGGAAGUCGCCUAAGGACCCCGACAACAGCCUCACUCUCUGGGUCAUUGAUCAAGGUCUGAAAAAGAUCCUGCAGGUGGGCGGCUCCCUGCAGGAUCCUGCUGGGGAACUCGCAGUGACAGCAAACAGCCGAAUGAGCGCCUCCAUUCUGCUCAGCAAGCUCUUCGAUGACCUGAAGUGUGAUGCCGAGCGCGAAAAUUUCCAUCGACUCUGUGAGAGCUACAUCAAGAGCUGGUUUGAAGGCCAAGGGCUGGCUGGGAAGCUGCGGGCUAUCCAGACUGUGUCCUGCCUCCUGCAGGGCCCGUGUGACGCUGGCAACCGGGCCCUGGAGCUGAGUGGGGUCAUGGAGAGCGUGAUUGCCCUGUGUGCCUCCGAGCAGGAGGAGGAGCAGCUGGUAGCCGUGGAGGCGCUGAUCCAUGCGGCUGGCAAGGCCAAGCGGGCCUCGUUCAUCACCGCCAAUGGUGUCUCGCUGCUGAAGGACCUGUACAAGCGUAGUGAGAAGGACAGCAUCCGGAUCCGGGCACUGGUGGGACUCUGCAAGCUCGGCUCUGCUGGCGGGACUGACUUUAGCAUGAAGCAGUUUGCUGAAGGCUCCACUCUCAAACUGGCCAAGCAGUGUCGGAAGUGGCUCUGCAAUGAGCAAAUCGAUGCAGGCACACGGCGCUGGGCUGUGGAGGGCCUGGCUUACCUCACCUUUGAUGCCGACGUGAAAGAAGAGUUUGUGGGGGACGGGGCUGCUCUAAAGGCACUCUUCCAGCUCAGCAAGUCUGAGGAGAGGUCUGUGCUCUUUGCGGUGGCCUCAGCCCUGGUCAACUGCACCAACAGCUACGACUAUGAGGAGCCUGACCCCAAGAUGGUGGAGCUGGCCAAGUAUGCCAAACAGCAUGUGCCUGAGCAGCACCCCAAGGACAAACCUAGCUUCAUACGGGCACGAGUGAAGAAGCUGCUGGCGGCUGGUGUGGUGUCAGCCAUGACGUGCAUGGUGAAGACUGAGAGCCCUGUGCUGACCAACUCCUGCCGAGAGCUGCUCUCCAGGGUCUUCCUGGCCCUGGUAGAAGAGGUGGAGGACCGAGGUGUGGUGGUAGCUCAGGGUGGGGGCAAGGCACUGAUCCCACUGGCCCUGGAAGGCACCGAUGUGGGGCAGACCAAGGCCGCCCAGGCCCUCGCCAAGCUCACUAUCACCUCCAAUCCAGAGAUGACCUUUCCUGGUGAGCGGAUCUAUGAGGUGGUCCGGCCCCUCGUCUCUCUGCUGCACCUUGACUGCUCAGGACUUCAGAACUUCGAGGCGCUCAUGGCCCUAACAAAUCUGGCUGGGAUCAGCGAGAGGCUCCGACAGAAGAUUCUGAAGGAGAAGGCUGUGCCCAUGAUCGAGGGCUACAUGUUUGAGGAGCACGAGAUGCUCCGGCGGGCGGCCACGGAAUGCAUGUGUAACCUGGCCAUGAGUAAGGAGGUACAGGACCUCUUUGAAGUCCAGGACAGUGACCGGCUAAAGCUGCUGGUGCUAUACAGUGGAGAGGACGACGAGCUGCUACGGCGGGCAGCUGCUGGGGGCUUGGCCAUGCUCACCUCCGCGCGGCCCUCACUAUGCAGCCGCAUCCCCCAAGUGACCACGCACUGGCUGGAGAUUGUGCAGGCCCUGCUUCUGAGCCCCAACCAGGAGCUGCAGCACCGGGGUGCCGUGGUGGUGUUGAACAUGGUGGAGGCCUCAAGGGAGGUUGCCAGCACCCUAAUGGAGAGCGAGGUGCUGGAGAUCCUGUCAGUGCUGGCAAAGGGCGAGGCUGGCCCCGUCGCCAGGGCUGCCGCUGCCUGCCUGGCAAAAGCGGUAGAAUACGGGCUUAUCCAGCCCAGCCAGAGUGGAGAGUGAGGGGCUGUUCGCCCCGCGGCUCAGGGACAUACUCGCAGUGGCAGCACUGAGAACAGAGCAGCUCUGACUAAGCACAACUUUGCUGAGCACAGUGCCACUCCCCCCACCCUCACAGCUGGCUCUGAUGUCUCCUGAUCCAAUUUAAGGUCCACAUUCAGCCACACCGCCGUGCUCUACCAGCACUGCCUCCAGGCUCACCCACUUGGACGGCGCAGGAGGUGGGGAAGGUGCUGCCCUGCCCCACCUGUGGAUUCUGGGCCUCAGGAAGUACACUCCACUGCCUCAGCUCCUGUGAGCAUCUGUCACAAGGCCUGCUGGAGGCCUGCCUGCUCUAAUAAAGUGUGUGGGACUCAGA